UGGGCUGCCGCCUGCAGUCGCGCAGGUCCCCGCCUCCUCGCCACACCACGCGCGCCGCGCAGAUUUGCGGUCUCCACCGCGUCUGUAUGCGCACCGAGGGCUCCAGGGGGGACGGCCGAGGCGCGCGCGAUUCCCCAACAACAGAACCUUAACAGGCUGUUGAAACCGCAGACACCCACAGCAGUUCCAUGUGGACACCUUGAAACUUCUGAGAGAUUGGUGUAUUUUCUCACAAGCCCUGCCAUGCACAGUCAUUGAGUAGGAACUCCUACACCUGGUAUGUAAGAGAGCACCCCACCUUCACCAUGACGAACCCGGAGAAAUGGGCCCAUCUCAGCCCCUCGGAAUUUUCUCAGCUUCAGAAAUACGCUGAGUAUUCUACAAAGAAAUUAAAAGAUGUUCUUGAAGAAUUCCACGGUAAUGGUGUGCUUGCAAAGUAUAAUCCUGAAGGGACAAUAGAUUUUGAAGGUUUCAAGCUGUUCAUGAAGACGUUCCUGGAAGCCGAGCUUCCCGAUGAUUUCACUGCACACCUUUUCAUGUCAUUUAGCAACAAAUUUCCUCAUUCUAGUCCAGCGGUGAAAAGCAAACCUGCCCUCCUCUCAGGCGGUCUGAGAAUGAGCAAAGGUGCAGUCACCCCUCCUCGCUCAUCUCCUGCCAACACCUGCUCCCCAGAAUUCAUCCACCUGAAGGACAUAGUCUGUUACCUGUCUCUGCUCGAAAGAGGAAGGCCUGAGGACAAACUCGAGUUUAUGUUCCGCCUUUAUGACACCGACGGGAAUGGAUUCCUCGACAGCUCGGAACUGGAGAACAUCAUCAGUCAAAUGAUGCAUGUGGCGGAGUACCUGGAGUGGGAUGUCACUGAACUAAACCCAAUCCUUCAUGAAAUGAUGGAAGAGAUUGACUACGACCACGACGGGACGGUGUCGCUGGAGGAAUGGAUCCAAGGAGGGAUGACCACCAUCCCCCUCCUCGUGCUCCUGGGAUUGGAAAACAACGUGAAGGAUGACGGACAACACGUGUGGCGACUGAAACACUUCAACAAACCUGCCUACUGCAACCUCUGCCUGAAUAUGCUGAUCGGCGUGGGCAAGCAGGGCCUCUCCUGCUCCUUCUGCAAGUACACUGUUCAUGAGCGCUGUGUGGCCCGAGCUCCACCUUCCUGCAUCAAGACCUACGUCAAGUCCAAGAAGAACACAGAUGUCAUGCACCAUUACUGGGUGGAAGGCAACUGCCCAACCAAAUGUGACAAGUGCCACAAAACCGUGAAAUGCUACCAGGGCCUCACAGGGCUGCACUGUGUCUGGUGUCAGAUCACACUGCAUAACAAGUGCGCCUCUCACCUCAAGCCCGAGUGUGACUGCGGCCCUCUGAAGGAUCACAUCUUACCUCCCACGGCCAUCUGCCCGGUGGUGCUGACUCUGCCCACUUCAGGAGUUUCAGUUCCUGAGGAAAGACAAUCAACCAUGAAAAAGGAGAAAAGUGGCUCCCAGCAGCCAAACAAAGUGACUGACAGGAACAAAAUGCAGAGAGCCAACUCUGUCACUGUGGAUGGUCAAGGCCUACAGAUCACUCCUGUUCCGGGCACUCAUCCGCUUUUGGUUUUUGUGAACCCCAAAAGUGGUGGGAAGCAAGGAGAACGAAUUUACAGAAAAUUCCAGUAUCUACUAAAUCCUCGUCAGGUUUACAGUCUUUCUGGAAAUGGACCAAUGCCAGGGUUAAACUUUUUCCGUGAUGUUCCUGACUUCAGAGUGUUAGCCUGUGGCGGAGAUGGAACUGUGGGCUGGAUUUUGGAUUGCAUAGAAAAGGCCAACGUAACGAAGCAUCCUCCAGUGGCUAUCCUGCCUCUUGGCACUGGCAAUGAUCUGGCAAGAUGCCUGCGAUGGGGAGGAGGUUAUGAAGGUGAGAAUCUGAUGAAAAUCCUCAAAGACAUUGAGAGCAGCACAGAAGUGAUGUUGGACCGGUGGAAGUUUGAAGUCAUCCCUAACGACAAAGACGAGAAAGGAGACCCCGUGCCUUACAGUAUCAUCAAUAAUUACUUUUCCAUCGGCGUGGAUGCCUCGAUUGCACAUCGAUUUCAUAUCAUGCGAGAAAAGCACCCCGAGAAGUUCAACAGCAGAAUGAAGAACAAAUUUUGGUAUUUUGAGUUUGGCACCUCUGAAACAUUCUCAGCCACCUGCAAGAAGCUACAUGAAUCUGUAGAAGUAGAAUGUGAUGGGGUGCAGAUAGAUCUGAUCAACAUCUCCCUGGAAGGAAUCGCUAUUUUGAACAUCCCAAGCAUGCACGGGGGUUCCAAUCUUUGGGGAGAAUCCAAGAAGAGAAGAAGCCAUCGCCGAACAGAGAAGAAAGGGUCUGACAAAAGGCCCACACUCACCGAUGCCAAAGAGCUCAAGUUCGCAAGUCAAGAUCUCAGUGACCAGCUGCUGGAGGUGGUGGGCUUGGAAGGCGCCAUGGAGAUGGGGCAGAUCUACACGGGACUGAAAAGUGCGGGCCGGCGGCUGGCGCAGUGCUCCUCCGUGGUCAUCAGGACCAGCAAGUCCCUGCCAAUGCAGAUCGAUGGGGAGCCCUGGAUGCAGACCCCGUGCACAAUAAAAAUUACACACAAGAACCAAGCCCCCAUGCUGAUGGGCCCUCCUCCCAAAACUGGGUUGUUCUGCUCCCUCGUCAAGAGAACAAGAAACCGAAGCAAGGAAUAAUCAUGUAUCAUUUCCUUCCUAGAAAUUCAAUUCGCGUAAUUGGGCCAUGGAACACGUAUGCUGGAAAUCUUUGAACAAUUCAAGUCUCCUGUUCAUGCAAAAAUCAUGGAAUUGGUUUAGCAGUUUUUGUUACUGAGCUAAUGUAACAUGUAUUGUCUCAGUUUUCAUAGCAUCUUUGCAUGAGGAAGGCGGUUUACAUGAAUUAAUACUACAUAUUUUUGUUGCAUGCAUUGCCAUAGAAUUGUAUGUUUCCCAGCCCGGUCUUACUCAUGUUCUCUCUACUAAUCCAUCAAAAAAAAAUGUAAAACAUGCAAAAGGAAUACUGAGAAAUGUGAUUCUUAGUGUCAUUCCAAAUAUUAAUAAGUGCUAUCAGUAAAGCUACAAUGAUCAUAAUUGUAGAUUGCCACGCUUUCCCCUUUUAGAAUCAGUGUGUCCAUGAUCUGACCCUGACAGAAACUUCGAACUCAAUAAUUCUGUUAAAUAGUUGUCUACAAUAUCUUGCUAAACCUACAUAGCUUUUCUUCAACGUCUUGACUCUUAUGAAUGGAAAUUAAAAUGUCAGGUGUGAAGUUUUCUUGUGAUGGAAAACGAAGUGAUUUUUGCUUAGCUUGUUUUUAACUCCAGAAAUCGGUGGAAACUUGCUGCUUGGCGGUGGAGUGUGGUCAUAUUACUUUCUGCGUGAGAAUCUACAAGAAAAUCCAUAACCGCAACCAUAACCAAAUAGAUGUUUUAAACAAUGUGCCUAAUUAAUGUAUUUCCCACCAAAGAUUCCAAAAAAGAAAAGAUGCUUGAGAGAAAUGGAUGAAUGCAUAUAAUUAAUUCAGAGCAUUAUAAUAAAUUAUGCGUUGAUUGGUAUGCUGGAAGAAAGAGAGUUGCCCAGGAGUUCGGUUUAAAUUCUCACAUCUCACAUUCAGUGGGUUACCCAACACAAUCAAGGCUCAAAGGUGGUUUCUUGCUUUUUUGGUCAUUUAUAAAUACACCUGUCUGUAAUUUUUCAUGGCAUGGUUACGUAUACUUGAAGAAAAUGAAUGCUUCUAUCUGUCCCUUUCUAGACCCUUUAAGAACACUGAACUCAUUGAAGUAACUCAUGCAUGCAAUCCGUGUCCUCCCCCUCCCCUCCCCCCUCCCCCUCUAUGACAUUCCAAAUGUUUAUCUGCGAACGAUGGCUUAGAUCCAUGCCAGAGGUGUUCAUGCCGUGAGUAGAGGCUGGACACUCUGUUUGAAGAGGACAUACAGUGGUCCUUUUCUAAAGUGUUUCACUAAGACUACAACCUAAAAUGAAAGCUCCCUGUGCAGCUGUGAUAUUGUUCACUCAUGCCGACCCGCAUCUCGUCACUGCAUGUUUUAUGUUUCCAACCAUACCAAAAUGAAAACAAGUGCUUGAAAUGCAUGAUUUAGUAGUUCUUCUCUCCACUCUGUGUUAAAGUGUCAGUGAUUUAUCAAUUCUAUUUUUCUAUUGAUUCAUUCAUCUUUGAAUAACAAAUAAUGUUUUGUGAUUCUGUUGAACACAAUCUUGUGCAUGGAUUUAUAGAUUUCAAGUGAAAUUGCUAUAAUUUUAGUUCUUUGGUUUGAAAACUCAACUGAGUGCUGUUAUGUUAAAUAGCUACUCUCAAGCAAUGCGCUGUAAUAGAUUAUGUAGAAAGCAUAUUCUUUUAGUGUUCCAGGAACAUUGGAUGGUAAAUAUCAAUCAACAGUAAGUUUUAUUGCUUUAAAAACAAAAGCUAUUCAGUAAAGUUAGAACUCCCAGGAAUUAGCAUUCCCAGGAAAACCAUGAUUACAAUUGCAAAUUCAUAUAGCAAUCACUUGCCCUGAUAUAAUACCAGAAGUUGUUUGGCAGCACAAUUAUCCAGACCAAAAGAAACCUCAAAACAACACUGAAUGCAUUCCUGAAUGUUACAGAGUUAUAUUACACACACACACACAUGCACACACAAAUUUGUGUAUCUAUGGUGACAGCUAAUAAAUAUUUUCACAUGAAUUGACAAAAUUUUCUACCUUGGGCAUGAAGAUGGUUGGUCAAAAACAUAUUUGCAGCCACAAGUUGUGGCAAAUAAUUUGCAUUCAGUACAGCAUGCUGUGGCUCCCUGGCUGCCUUUCAUGGUACGUAGUUGGAAGACCGCACGAUCUGUGUCACCAGUC